AGAGCGUGCGCUUGGUGCGAGAGGCGAGGGACGGCGGGAAGCCGGAGGGACGCCGCGCACGCUCCCGCGCCUGCGGCAGACAGACAGACAGACAGACAGAGAGAGAGAGCCUCCCUUCCGAUCCCCGCGCCCCGCCAAGGGACCUGGCUAUGGCUACGUCUAUACUCGGGGAAGAGCCACGAUUCGGAACCACUCCUCUGGCGAUGCUGGCGGCCACCUGCAACAAAAUUGGCAACACCAGCCCGCUGACGACGCUGCCGGAGUCGAGCGCCUUCGCCAAGGGCAGCUUCCACCCGUGGAAGCGCUCCGGCUCCAGCUGCAACCUGGGCUCCAGCCUCUCGGGCUUCGCGGUGGCCUCCAGCCGCGGGGGCGCGGGCGGGGGCGCGGGAGGGGGCGGCGGGGGCAACAGCAGCGCCUUUUGCCUGGCCUCCGCUUCGCCGCCCUCCUCCUCCUCGGCCUUCAGCAGCGACUACAGCGGGCUCUUUUCCAACGCUUCGGCGGCAGGCGGGAUGUCGCCCCAGGACGUGCCCGGCGGGCAGUCAGCGUUCAUCUCGAAGGUUCACAGCUCAGCGGCGGAGGGGUUGUACCCGCGCGUGGGCAUGGCGCACCCCUACGAGUCGUGGUACAAGUCGGGCUUCCACUCCACGCUCUCGGCGGCGGAGGUGUCCAACGGGGCGGCCUCGUCGUGGUGGGACGUGCACGCCAAUCCGGGCUCGUGGCUGGAGGUGCAGAACCCCUCCUCGGCGGCGGCCAGCGGGCUGCACUCGGGCGCCCCGCAGGCCGCGCUGCACUCCCAGCUGGGCGCCUACAACACCGCCGACUUCGGCUCCCUCACGCACUCCGCUUUCAGCCCCACGGCGCUGCUCUCCACCGGGCAGCACCUGCUGGCGGCGCAGGAGGGCUUCAAGCCCGUGCUGCCCGCCUCGGCGUACUCGGACUCCAGCGCCGCCGUCAGCGCCAUGAUCUCCGGGGCGGCAGCGGCGGCGGCGGCGGCGGCGGCGGUGGGAGGUGGUGGCGGGGGCUCGAGCUCGGCGGCGGCGCGCUCCGCCCGGCGCUACUCGGGGCGCGCCACCUGCGACUGCCCCAACUGCCAGGAGGCCGAGCGGCUGGGCCCCGCGGGGGCGAGCCUCCGCCGCAAGGGCCUGCACAGCUGCCACAUCCCGGGCUGCGGCAAGGUCUACGGCAAGACGUCGCACCUGAAGGCGCACCUGCGCUGGCACACGGGUGAGCGGCCCUUCGUGUGCAACUGGCUCUUCUGCGGGAAGCGUUUCACCCGCUCCGACGAGCUCCAGCGGCACCUGCGGACUCACACGGGCGAGAAGCGCUUCGCCUGCCCAGUCUGCAACAAGCGCUUCAUGCGCAGCGACCACCUCAGCAAGCACAUCAAGACGCAUAACGGCGGCGGCGGCGGAGGCGGCGGGAAGAAAGGCAGCGACAGUGACACGGACGCCUCCAACCUGGAGACGCCGCGCUCGGAGUCGCCGGACCUGCUCCUCCAUGAGGCGAGGGGGAAGGACUCCGCGGCCGUACCCAAUGACCCUUAGGCCGGCCAGCAAGAAGGCAGGACUCCGCGGCGGAGGCGAGGACACUGAGGGAAGUUUAGGCGGGAGUUAAAGCGCGCCAAGAAGGAGAAAAAGCCCGCGCACGUCCAGCUGCCUCACCGUCGCUCAACCGCCCGCGCCGCCUCAGGAGCCCUUUUGAGCCCGCGCUUCCCUUCCCUCUCAGUUCUGGGAAUGGGUGAAGGGGGAAAAGGCGAGCUUGAUGACUAUUUUAAAAAGACUGUGGUUGGACAAAGACUGGGACCAGGCCCAGAGGACAGAGACGCAAACAAACACACAAAAUACCCCCAUCCCAAAAAUAAAUCACUACCAAGAAUAUUGUGUGUGUGUGUCAGGAGCGACUUGAGAAACUGCAAGGCGCUUCUAGUGUUGAGAUAAUUGGCCGCCCGCAAGGACGUUGCCCAGGGGACGCCCGGAUGUUCUGAUCUUUUACCAUCCUUCUCAUGUCCCUGCAUGGAGCUGGAGCUGACAGAGGGAGCUCGCCCGCUCUCCCCGGAUUCGAAUCAGUCGUGCCCGCACAAGGGUUUAACCCAUUGCGCCACAGAGGCUCCAAAUCACGACCAGUGAUUGAAGAAUGAGGGAAGUGGGUGAAAGUCCCAUCCCGUACCCAGAUUGACACAAACCCAGGCCAUAGUUCUCUGUCCUUCUCCAAAAAAGCAGGCUAAAAACACAACCGAAACAAACUUAGUUCCAAAACCUGCCACCCAGGAGCAAAGCACACCCGCUUGGAGUGGAUUAUUAUAACUGUCUAAGCCUACUACAGACUACUACAGUGUUUGAUGAGAUCUACAAUCACCCUUUGAUAUUUAAUACUGAGAGACUCUUACUCAUAAACACACACACACAAGCUCAAGGUGAGAAACCUCGUCAGAGACUAUUUCUCUCUGUGAUUCAUCUAAUAUGUGUAUAAAUAUGGAUCCAAACCGCACACGGACGGAUGGAUGGAGGGUUGUGUUCUCUUUUUCCCCCUUCCUUGUAAAUGUCAGUUCCAAUAAGUUUUCUUCCCCCUGGGGAUGAAUUCCUGAAAUUCAGGGGAGCCUUUUUUUAAAACAAAAAUUAUUAUUAUUAUUUCUGAUGCACUUUGUGGAGGUCAGUAUAUAUGUAAAAGAUAUUUAAUACGUUGAGAUUAAAAAAACACCAGUAAGUUAAGGUUGCAUAAAAGAAUUUAAAUUCGUUUAUCUGUAUUUGGGAUGGUGGGGGAGGGGGAAACUUGACAUAAUAUUUUCAUUUUGGUAUUAUUAAAGGACUCUGAAUAAUG